CAUUCAGGUAGCAUAUAGGCUGAACGGAAAGAACUACUUGAAUUGGUCCCAAUUUAUUCGAACCUAUUUGAAGGGAAAAGGAAAGCUUAGCCAUCUCCUAGGGACUGGACCAAAGGAAGGAGAUCCAUGGUAUGAUGCGUGGGAUGAAGCAGAUUCCAUGAUUAUGCCAUGGUUAUGGAAUUCGAUGAACCCGAAGAUUAGCGACACUUGUAUGUUUUUAUCCACAACUAAAGAAAUCUGGGAUGCGGUUCGAUAGACGUACUUGAAGGCCCGUGAUGCAGCUCAAGUAUACGAGAUCAAGGUCAAGACCAGUGCAACUAGACAAGGAAGUAAAAUUGUAACCGAAUAUGCCAACUUGCUGAAAAAUCUGUGGCAGGAACUUGAUCAUUACCGGUGCAUAGAGACUAAAUGUGCAUCAGAUGCUGCCAUCUUAAAAGGUUUUAUUGAAAAGGAUCGAGUCUACGACUUCCUCGCAAGACUCAACGUAGAAUUCGAUCAGGUCAGGGUCCAAAUUCUCGGCAAAGAAGAGGUACUAUCUCUCAAUGAGAUUAUCUCUCUGAUUCAUGCUGAGGAAAGUCGCAGGGGAGUUUUGUUGGAACCCCAAGUUCUGGAAGGUUCAACCAUGGUGACUAAAACAGAACAACAACCAAUACAAGAGAACAUGAAGAGAGAUCCAUUGAGAAACUCGGGACGAGAUAACAAAGAUGCCCUCUGGUGCACUUAUUGCAAGAAACCAUGGCAUACUAAACAAAAUUGUUGGAAGCUGAAUGGUAAACCACCAAGCAAAGAAUGGGGUUAUCAAGGAGGAUCGCAGAGGAAUCCAAACCAGGCCUACUUCACCAUGACUCAACCCACAAAUCAGCAACAUCAAGAAAAUUCCCAAAAUCUGGUUGAGCUCAAUAAGGAAGAGAUUGAGAAAUUUAGGGGACUUUUGGGAUCAUUGGAGAAGCCUACUGGUGCAUGUUCUCUUUCACUCUCAGGACUAGGAUUCGGGGAAGAGGAUUGGACUUGCUAGGGAGAAGGACGGGCUCUACUAUCUUGAGGAAUCAGGCAUAUCAAAUAUUGUCAGGAAUAAAUUAUCUCUGUCACUGUUAUCAUCAUCCAAUAGAGACACCAUUUGGCUUCAUCAUUUUAGACUAGGGCACCCAUCAUUUGGAGUUUUAAAAACUAUGUUUCCUUCAUUGUUUAAAGGGCUGAAUUCUGAACCUUUUUUCUGUGAUGUAUGUGAGUUUGCGAAACAUAAUCGUGUACCCUUUCCAAUAAGUAAUGAGAGAGGUUUAGUUCCAUUUGCUUUGAUUCAUAGUGACAUAUGGGGACCCUCCACAGUUCCAAAUGUUUCAGGUUCACGAUGGUUUGUCUCUUUUAUCGAUGAUUGCACUAGUCUCUUGGAUCUUUCUCCUCAAAACCAAAUCUGAUGUAAGUAGUGUGCUCCCAAAUUUUCAUAACAUGGUUCAAAACCAGUUUGGUGUUAAAAUAAAAAAAUUUAGAUCGGAUAAUGCACGU